CGAGGAAGGCAGGGCAUUUCUGUUGCGGCAGAGGGGACUGGGCUCAGCGUUAGAGCGUCCGGAGUCCUGAGGAAAGUCGAGAAUUUAUUUCCAAGGGUGAUAUCCAUCCUUCCUAGCAUACGUAUACUCAAGGUGAGUAACGAAUAAACUUGCCCGAUAUCGCAAAACUCACCAACAAUUACAACUAACCGCCUUUUUACGGCUCAUUUCAAUUGACACAAUAACACGACUGAUUUAACGAUUGAUAUUUCGACUUACGACAUUUCUGUUUCUGCUUGAUCUUUUUAACGAACUUCCCGGUUUUUGACGAUUUUCAACACUAACUAUCAUGACGACGCUGCGCCAUCCACUGCUUCAACAGUCAAGAGCGGUAACAACACCACCACCAGAAAUAUCCGAUGUCCCCGGCAUUCGCCUUGUUGGCACCACGCCUUCUGCAACAGGCUUGUCAUCUGAGCCGUCUGCCAUUCACCCUCUCGAUUCACCAUGGGCUUCAAGGGCGAGUCCCUCUGCGCUCACUCCACUUCCCAAGGAGGCCAGCCCCAGGAAGCGCCUUGUCCCCAAGAAAUCCAAACUCAGCAUGCUAGGCGUUGGGGGAGGCAUCAAGGAGCGGGAGAAGAUGCGGGACUUUUCCGACGUCGUUCGGCGCGUUGGCGGUAACACCGAAUCUGCCAGGGGAGGUUUUGAAAUUUACGUGGAUCCUACCGAGGAUCCGGAUAUCGAAGAGAUUAUUUUAGUGAGGAAGAAGAAAUCCAGGGCGGCAUUGGAUGGGAUGGGGUGGGGAGGUGGAUCCAUGACAGAAGUUACAAAUGUGCCACCUGUUAAGGCGAAGGCCAAGGAGAAGGAGAAGGAGAAAGAAGAAGGGAGCAAGGAAAAAUGGUGGGCAAUGGGGAGAGGACGGAAAGAUUCGAAGGAGAAGGACAAAGCGAAAGACAAGGGCAAGGAUUCGCAACGGCCGAACAUUAUACCUAGGUCGAAGACUCCCGAGCCUUUCAAAUCUCCUCCGCAAGAGGCUAGAACGCGCUUCAAUUCCCUUGACUCUGGGGCGCUACUUUCUGCCCCGAACACAUUCAGUCCUACUUAUCAGGCGAAUAAUUUCUCCUCUCCUGAGAUCGUUCCCCAGCCUCAGCCCCGUUCACGAACACCGACGCUUGGAGGACUUCCUGCACCACCCAAUGAUCAGAAUCAGAAUCCACGCCAGGGUUCCAUCGCGCUGCGUGCUAUGCGUUCCCUAGCCCGUAUCGGGAGCUGGGCUCAACUGAAGAAUCCAGGUAAUGAGGUUCAGGCGCCCAAAAAGCACAAGGACGUUCCGAAGAAGGAGAAGACUGAGAAGAAGGAUACUGAAAAGAAGAAGAAGAAGAAGAAGAAGAAGAAGAAGGUGACGGAGCCCAAGCUCAAGCCCCCCUCUACUAGCAGCUUCGAGGCGGGUGCAUUGACGACCAGUCCUGAGGUUACUGAGACUCUUGGAUUCAAUAAGAAACGAAGCAUCCUCGGGCUUGGCCUCCCUUCGGCUAUGACGAUGAAGCUGCCUGCUACACGAGGCAGAUCUACGCCUUCUUCUACGGCGUCUCAGGCUCCUCCUCCGGUAGUCGAUAACAAUCGAUUUUCGGUUGAGUCUGCGGUGGUCAUGGCCAGACCGGCCUCUGCUAUGUCCACUGCCUCUUUGCCUCGUCCGAAUUCGCGUACCUCUCGCGCAUCAUCAGGUUCAGGCACAUCGGUAAAGUGGGAUGAAGCGGGUUUGGAGACCGUGAGGGAGGUGAGGGAUAGGGAAAGAGGGAUCAAGAAAGGUAUUAAGGAGGAGCAGAAGAGAAGGGAUAGUCGGGAGGGUAGGAGGAGUUCGGAAGGGAGGAAAAGGACCUUAUUGAAUGAUAUUUUGCCGGAGAUCGGUAUGGGUGGAGAGGGCGAAGAAGCGAGACAAGUAGGGGAAGGUCCGCCUGGUUCUGUGAACAGCAAAGAGUGCCCAAUUGUGACAGUGGAGACUGCUACUUGUGAUGGUCAUGAGGAUCCUGGAACGAAUGAGGUGCUGGUGGCUACGCCUGUCCGUCGAGCCCGUCCAAGACCAGCUUCUGACCAACUUCUGGGCAAAGCCAGGCCUCGGGGAAUCUACGAGGAUCCUGAAGAUGGCGCUUUAUCGGUCCUGGACGCAGUGACAAAUGACCUCGCAAUGCUGAUCAAUACGUUGGACUUGGAGGCUACACCCGGUGGGACAUCUGAUCCUUCGCCUAUUGCUAGACGGAAUACAAGAGUGUCCGACACGACUCCUACAAAGAUGAAGGCGAAGACAUUGCGUCCAGCACGACCAUCGAUCACUUCAUUGCGUCCACAUGCACAAGCUACCGUGCGCACCUCUCCUCCAGACGUUCAAUCUGGGCAGAAGCGCGAAAUAGGAUUUGUAAAGGAGCGUGCGAGUGAGCUUGAGCUCGGGAAGCAGAUUGCUCCUUGGCCAGUGCUUGAUAAUCUUCCUCCGGUCAAACCGCCCUCGUCGCCUCCGCCUCCGCCACGGUCCCUGUCCACGGCCUUCACGUGUACUCAUGAACGGACUUUUACACCUGGGCCGGCCCCAGAUCCUUCACCUGUACUGAGACCGCUCAGACCUGCGAAGUCCAGAGUUUUGAAGGCUGUUGCACAAAGUCCCACCCAAAGUGUCAAGAAAGCAGCACGACCUCCUCCGUCAACGUUCAGGCCGUCUAUCACUGGUUUUAGAACUUCGACGUCCUCCAAGGGCUUCAACGAGCUGGAGAAUCAUCCCAUUUUCAUGCGAAAGAGGGCGUUGUUGGGCGCCGAUAACAGAGCAUCUCGGGCUAGUACCGAACACGAGGAUACGACUUCCCGACGACCGCUCGCACCGGGUGCACGUAAGAUGCUUGGUAUGAAGGGAACUAUGGGUGGCUCUGAUGUCUCUGCGUAUGCUGAGGACGUCGACGUCUCUGAUCCCGACUCUGAUAUCCCCGAUGAGCUCCAGUUCAUCCUGCAUGGGAAGAAAGUGUCGGUAAUAGAGGCUGAGGAGGAGGAGGAAAUCAUGGACUACUGGGAGAUUGUCGAGAGUGGCAAGAGGAGCGGCGCGGAUGAUGCGAUGGACCAUCAUGAUGAAGCAUUAUCGUUCAUCAAUGAUCGACUGGGGGGAUUGUCAUUUGUCGACGAGGAGAUGGAGGUUGACGUUCCGGCUCCUCCAGUUUUCCAUGCACAAGUGGUCGACGAGCAGGAACACCAUGCGGACCUUCAGUCCGCUGAGGAAGAUAUGAACAAGUCAUUCGAUUUCACGGGCGAGCUGCGGAAACUGAAUGAGUCGGGUGAAUCUGAUCGCCAUAGUUUCGUGGAGCAGUUGGAGAAGGCGUUCCGGACUCCAGCAAAGAUUGAUUUGCGCUACAGUUUAACAGGUCCUAUCAGGGAUGGUUUCUUACAGGUCGAUAUCCCCUCCAUUCCAUCUCUACCACCGCCUCGAGUUCCAGGUGACAGUUUGCAGGAGUGGACCGAAUUGGCGACUGCCCUCAAGGACGUACAGAAGCCCACUUUACUGCGUGAUUCUGCCUCGCAUGAAGAACUGUCGAAGAGCAGAUCUUCCUUCGACAUGUACACCACCUCGCAGGUCCGCGAUAUGAAGCAACCCACUCUUUUGUCUGCGACAGACAGCCUCACCGAUGAGAAGUCCGGUCGAGCUGGGUGCGGCAAGUUCAAGAGCCCCUCGUCUUCAGGUUCGCAUCCGCCCGACGGCGAACCCAACAAGUUCAAAUUCGGAGGUUCGAGCUCUUCCCCUCCCAUUUCAGAGGAAAGGGAGAAACCAAUGACGCUAUCUGAUAUCAUCCCCCCGCCUGCACAUGCUCGUUCACUGUCCAUGGGUAGCUACAUGAAGGAUGACUCCGUUCGCAAGUCCAUCCUCGCCGAAGUGUCCGAAGUGCCCCGCGCGUGGGUGAACUCAGACUCGUCAUCGAAGAGGCCAACUGGAGGACACUCAAGAAAUACUUCUGGGUCUAGUUUCACCGGCCUUGACUCCUUUGAGGAAGUAAGGAGGGGCUUUGAGUUUCCCGAUGAUCGACCCACAUUCUAUCCUCCUUCUGCUGCGGCGUAUAGCAAGCCCAAUAGGUAUGAACCGGCGAUGGGCUUCGCUUCAGUCUCAUCCUACGGACGUGUUGCCAACCCUGGAGUCGUUGACCCAUCCUAUUAUGGUGACUGUGGCCUUCCGAGCUUGCAGGAGAGGCCGUCUUCGGAGAGUCUAUUGGCGUCAAUGUCAAUGAGCGUGGAUGAUGCAUUCGCGUUCCUUCCCAGGCGGAGGAGAGUCGACAGUGAUGCAUCCAGUUUCUACUUCAAGCCUUCUGGCCGUCGAAAUGAGUCGAAUUUCUCUAUCUCGUCCCAAUUUCCCCCCAGUAGCCGCUACAAUCGCAGUUUUGGCAUCGGCUUUGGCGGUGGCCACAGACUGGAUGACUCGAUGAACGGUAUGAGCUCGGUUGGGAAUUUGCAUGCGAUACGUGGUGCAAAUGCUGGAAGGGCCGCUUGGGCGAGGCACAACCAUCGAUCUCAGGAUUCGGCUGCAAGUGAAUUUUCUCCGGCGAUGCAUUUGGGGCGGCCGGGUGUUGGAGACAAGAUGUUCGAUACCGCUCCUCACGAGGUGUUAACGUCUAUUUUUGCGUCACCUUCAGAGAGUGUAAAGUCUUCGUUUGACUCGACCAUGGAUGUCGGUAGCCCUAGGUCCGAAGCAGUGGAUUCGUUGUUUGAUCAUACCGGCAUCGGGUCGAGUGAGACUGAAGAAUCGCCAUUUGGGCAUGGGUACGAGUAUGGACGUCAAAGGGGACAUCUUGCACCGCCGGUGUUCCGUCCGCCAUCAGUUCCGAGUAUGAAUGCAAGAAUUGCGUAUAGACCCAGAGAAGAUGAUACAAUGAUCAGCAUGCUUGGAGGAGGACAUCAUGAACGAAGAGAGUCCAUUGGAUCGAUUAUGGAUAUCGACAAGUCACCCUGUAUACGUGUCGAGAAGAGAAAACAUUCAGAGUUCCGAAUGAAAGGCGACGUGGAAGAGGGUGGUGCAGUUAAAGCUCGAAUCGUCAUGAAGCCAUCGAUUGCCUCUACUGCCGAGUCUACAAAGUUUGGAGAAGAGCGAAUGAUCCGAGCUCAGCAGGGACUUUUGGAUAGGCAUAGCUUGGAGGAAAGCUGUCUCAUUGCCGACGGGGAGGAUAUGUCCUUUUCUUUCGGCGCGACCGUCUGCACUAAACCUGAGCCUCUAUCUCGGUCAUGCUCCAGCACAUGUACUUCGAAUUCCGGAACAUCUGGAUCUGACACACCACCGCUGUCACCUGCUGACGGAUCAUCGAUGUCGGAAGGAUCGCAGUCGAGCAUCGAUCUUGAAGAGAUCAAUGCUGCGCUCACCAAUGCCACCCAUCCCAUGUCCAGUGUGCAGCACAAUAGAGUUCGUGCUCGAGCGCGGGGACAUGGUCACCGUCAACGCUUUUCACAUGCUCCAACCUCGCGGUCGUCGGUUUACGAGACGAUCCAAGAAGAGGCAACCCCAAUGUCUUCUCCCGACAAGCAGAAAGCCAGCAGUCAUGCUGCCAUCCAGCCGGUCUUUGUUGUAGAUGAAGACACUGCAUCUAUUCACUCUGCUACCGCUACACGGGAUGAUGAACGCGGGAUCGUUGCUCUGAGGAGGUACUACGAGCUGCGUGAUGAAGCGGAAUCUGCGGUAACGGAGAGCAAACGCGUAUGGGUUGACACGCCUUUUUCGUUGUUUGCAUUGCAAUGCUUUGAUCCGCCAACACAUCCUGCCGGCAUGCAAGCGCUGCUAGAACAUUCCGUCCAGAACUACGGGCCGCUACCCUCGGAGCUCCGACCAAAGCGUGUCCGUUCCCGCACAUCUUCGAGGGCUUCGCCCUAUCCCUCGACGAGAGUGCUGAAAGCAGCUGCUGCAUCCCCGCUCAUCACGAAGCAAGAGGAUGUAUAUCGGAACGCCACAAGCUCUCCGCUCGGGGAUAUCGCGCCACAUGCCAACGCUCCAUCGGCUUCUAAGCCGUUUAGUCCUUCGAUUGACGAGCCUAAGCAGGAGACCAUGUGGGGUGUGGCGGCUACUCGUCCUCGUGUAGGGUCGGCUGCUAGGCGUACUGCUAUCGGAUGGGCAAAGAGGAAUGGGAAGACUUCGACCGGGUUGAAGGAGAAUACACCAAAGACGAACAUGAAGCGAGGCGAUUCUCUGAGGCUCAGCAGGCCUCGUCCGAAAGGUCGGCCAACGCCUGCCCGACAUGUCAGGCUCUAAGAGAUAUUUGGCUAUCCUUUUGCUUCACCGACUGCUUAACGGAUGAAAUAUCUUCUUGAACACGAG